AUUAUGUUGAACAUGCAAUUAAUGCAGACAGCAUGGCGAUAUUAAAUAAUUCUGCGCUCAGUUGGUACGGGACCGCUCGUGGUGAAGUACUUUUGUUCGGUUGGAUAUUGUGUUUUUAUUUAUAAGAUGCAGAUUGAUCCGCGAAUAUGGGUCUUACUUCCAUUCCUGGUAUCUACUAUAGAUGCUCUAAGGAUCUUGGUCCUUUUUCCAGUGAAUGCGAAGAGUCACAGUAUACUAGGACAAGGUGUGGUCACACAUCUUCUGAAGGCGGGACAUGAGGUGGUCCAUAUCACUUCAUACCCGAGGGUGAAGAAAGAGGCCAAUUUAACUGAGAUAGAUGUUGGGUACAUAGGACAACCACCUAAACAUUUGGCAGAGAAAAUGGAUCAAUUCAAAAUAAAAAACCUGGUUGGUAAAGGCAACAUCGCGGAUUCCACAUUCUUCUUGCAAUUCCUAUAUGACUACAACAAACGCUUUCUAGAAGAUGAGAAGAUAGUCAAAUUGCUUAGCGAUCCAAAGGAACAUUAUGAUGUUGUUGUUCUAGAGUGGUUCUUUUCUGAGCUCGUUGCUGGUAUCGCUCCGUUAUUCCAAUGCCCAUUGGUAUGGGUAGCGACUACCGAGGCGCAUGCUCAUGUAUUGAGAGUGAUCGACGAGAUUCCUAACCCGGCGUAUAGCGUCGACCUGUUUUCCACCUCUAGACCACCGCUCAGUUUUACUGAGAGAGUGACGUCACUUUGGGGAAUAGUGAAAAAGAUGGUUCUUGGAAGCCUUAUGUUCGAGCCUGACCAGCGAGAUAUUUACAAUAACGUCUUCCCCCCAAUUGCUGCUAAAAGGGGAGUGACAGUUCCUCCAUACGAUGAGGCUAUUUACAAUGCAUCACUACUUCUAAUCAACUCCCAUCCAUCCAUUGGAACACCUUUCAGGUUACCGCAAAACGCUAAGUACAUAGCUGGAUAUCACGUAGAUAGCCAGCCCCAACCAUUGCCAAAGGAACUCCAAAAACUAAUGGACGAAUCAAAACAAGGAGUUAUAUACUUCAGCAUGGGAUCCAAUCUAAAAAGCGUAGAAAUGUCAGAUGAAAUGAAGAAAUCUUUGUUGGACGUGUUUUCAAAACUGAAGGAGACUGUUAUAUGGAAGUUCGAGGAAGACAUGGAGAAACCUUUAAAUGUUCAUUUUGUUAAAUGGGCACCGCAACAAAGCAUUUUGGCACAUCCCAACUGCAAACUCUUCAUCACUCAUGGCGGUCAGCUGUCAACAACAGAAGCUAUACAUUACGGUAUACCAGUCAUAGGAGUACCAGUGUUGGGAGACCAACAUAUUAAUAUGAAAUCAGUCGUGGAAAAAGGGUUUGGCGUCAAGUUAGAUUUGGCCGAAGAUCUUGCUGAUAACCUCAAAGGGGCACUAUAUGAAGUCCUACACAAUCCCUCAUACAAAAUCAAAGCCAAGGAAAUAUCGCAGAUCUUCCACGACCGGACCAUGGCUCCAGGCGACGAACUGGUUUUCUGGAUAGAACAUGUGGUGAAAACCCAAGGAGCUUUACAUCUCAGAUCACCAGCACUGCAUGUUCCGUUGUACCAGAAACUGUUCUUAGACUUACUUGCUUGUAUAGUUAUAGCAUUAGUGACAUUGUAUUAUUUAUUAUGCUUUUUACUAAAGAAGAUCAGAUCAAAAAAGCCUGUAAAAGAGAGUAAGAAGAAAGUAAAAUAGAUAUUUGAAUGUAUAUUUAAUUAGUAAAAAAUAAUUUAAGAAUUACAAAAUACAUGGUGACUUUUGAAUGUUUUACUGUA